CGCUCCUGAGGCCGUUGACGUCGUCGUAGACCGAGGAGGGUUUUUGUGGACGGGGAGGAAGCGGGAGGAUUUUGAGGCCUUCAAGGAGGAUGGAAAGCCGGCAAGCCGAGGAGGUGGAGGAGGUGGGCCUCGUCGUCAAGAGCCCCGCGCAGCGGCACCCGGACUUGCUUCUGUCGGCCCGGCGCUCCUGGAGUGUCCGGCGCCUCAAGGCGGAGCUGCGACACCUUCACCCAGAUGAGCCGCCUGAAGAUACUCAGAGGUUGAUCUACUCUGGAAAGUUGUUGCCCGACCAUCUUUUUCUGCAAGAGGUCCUCACCAAGCAGGAGGCGGUUCAUGCUCUCCAUUUGGUGUGCAACUCGAAGAAUCUGCCGACGAUGCCAGGAACUGACGUGAAGGUGGCUGAAGCCAAGCAGCAGUCCACAGCAUUGGGCCAAAAUCCCUCGGACCUUCCUGGUCCUGCGCCCAGCCAAGAACAGGUUGCCGCAGGCCCACCUGUAACCACAGAGCAAGCUGGCAUGAGCUCUCCGGUGACUCCGCCUCCUUUUCAAGCUAUGAGCUCCAGUUAUUCAUCCUACACCACGUAUCACAUGUUGCAACUCUGGUUCCAUCAGCUCUACACCAGGCAAUACUACAUGCAAUACAUGGCCGCCAACGGUCAUUCGGGGGACUUGUCCUCUGCGCGAAGUUCCCAGGAGAUCUCGGUGGCUCCGGUGACCCCUCCAGCUCCUCUCCCUGGUCCUUUUCCUGCCGAAAAUGCCCCCGUAGAACAAAAUGCUCCCCCUCAAGCCAACCCCGGAGUGAACCAAAACCUGCGCAUGAAUGCCCAGGGAGGACCCCUCAUGGAGGGAGACGACGAAGUCAACCGCGAUUGGCUAGACUGGCUCUAUUCGGCAACCCUCUUCUACGUCUUUGUCAACAUUGUUUAUUUUUACUCCAGUAUGAGCAGGUUCCUUUUGGUGAUGGCCGGCACCCUCCUCAUGUACCUGCACCAAGUUGGCUGGUUCCCUUUCAGGCGAAGGCCAGCCCAGCCACCACCACCACCACCGGACAACGUUCCUGUCCAGGCUGCCAUUAAUCAAGAUCAGAAUAACAAUUUGCAACAGGAGGAAAACCCAAGAGAACAAAAUGAACCGGAGAAUUCGGAGGCCGUUGGGGAGAACCAGCCGGCCCCAGCUGUUUCCUUCAUGAGCACAGCUUGGCUUUUCUUCAAGACUUUCUUCGCCUCCCUCCUGCCCGAGGGGCCUCCAGCUGUGGCAAACUAACCGGGCCCAUAAACUUCCUCUUUCUUCUCCGGACACUAGCUUGAAUGUCCCAACGUGGCCAAGGAAGAAGGGUUGGAUCAAAGAGAGCGAAUGUAGACUUUGGAGCUAAAGACAGACGUGGCUGGACGUGCAAUGAGAUGCUAGCUCAGAGCUUCAAGGAAGAGAACCGUAGAUCACCGAAGCCGCCAUGGCUUGAGAGCGGUGCGAAGUUUUGUACCUCAUCUGUCUGGGUCCAAGUGCAAGAGAGGCAGAUUCCUACUGACAGGACCACUUGAUUCCAGCUAGAGUGGAUCCCACACUCGCCUGCGCGGAGUGUGCAAUCUUGUGCAACCAGCAUAUUUAGGGGGGGGGGGGAAAAACCGCACAGGGGAAGUUAAUGCCAAAAAUGAAGAAAAGCUGUGCUUUAUAAUACCUGACAACACAUGUAAAAGAAAAGGUGUAAAUAGCUUUUGCACAGAAGGUAACAGUUGAGCCUACUAAUACUACCACGCAGCGGAAGUGGGCAACCAAGGCCCCCUUACCACCUGCGGACUUCCAUUCCCAGAAUUCCUGAGCCAUCCAUGCUGGGAAUUCUGGGAGUCGAAGCCCGCAGAUGGUAAAGGAGCCAUAAUUUCCCACCCAUGUUACACGAUAUAGCAGAAAGUAUUUUCUUAGGCUUCAAGCACGAAGGGGUUUCCUAUUUUGCCAAUUUAGCAAGUCAACAUAAGAUGUGGACGCGUGUCUUCGGAUAGAUCAAGUUGCAAAUAUGACUUCUUUCAAGCAGCUUUCUUUUUUCCAGCAAUCUACUUAACCUAGAAGUUCUUUUUGUCAUUACAUUUCAAACUUAAGACAGAGAAUGGGAUUUGUGCAAAAGAAGACUUGUGAACUCUUUCCUUCCUCUCCCCUGUUUUCCUUUCCUCUCUUCCUUCCCAUCAUGCAGAUUUUCAGGCUGAUUCCCUGCAUGUUAGCCAUACAUAUUGUGA